UGCGUGACUGUGUCGCUCGGCGUGGGAAGCUGCCGUUAGGGAAGGCCGCGAUGAGCGGUUCUUUGUGCUGGCUGCGCGCGGCCUCGCUGCUGCGUCGUGCCCCGCUGCGAUGGGGCGCGCGGCCCCUCAGCCAGGCCGCGGCCGGGGACGGCGGCCCAGGGUCGCGGGAGUCGGUGGAGCGGCUGGUGCGGGCGCACCCCGUGGUCGUGUUCAUGAAGGGCAACCCGGCCCAGCCCCUGUGCGGCUUCAGCAACGCCGUGGUGCAGAUCCUGCGCCUGCACGGGGUGCAGGACUUCCAGGCCUACGACGUGCUGCAGGACGCCGACCUCCGGCAAGGAAUUAAAAACUACUCCAACUGGCCUACCAUCCCUCAAGUAUACCUUAACGGUGAAUUUGUUGGUGGCUGUGACAUACUCCUCCAGAUGCAUCAGAAUGGAGACCUAGUGGAAGAGCUUAAGAAGUUAGGAAUCCGCUCUGCACUUUUGGAUGCAGAAAAAGACCAAGACAAAAAAUAAAAAAGCAAGCUAUUUCAUUUUAAAAGAUGGGACUAUAAUAAACAAACAAUCUUUGACAAUACCUUAUUACCAGAAAAGCCUUAUGUAUUAUCUCAAAGGAGGCAUCUUUUUGAACUGACACUAACGUUUGUCUAUCAGUAAACAAAUGGUAGCUCAUGGUACAGGUGAUCUGGUAUUUUGGUUUAAGGCUAUUCUGUUGUGAAAAUUUGAUUAUAACCAUUGCACUGUAAUUCAAAUGUCUGUGGAACUGAAAUAAACAAGCAGCCUACUUCUACUUGUGUUAAUUCUUCUUGCCUGAGGCAGGAGUAAAUGAAAGAUUGUAGAAUAUUAUUUUUGUGGCUCUUCUGUGUAUAUCACUUGGCUAAUGCUUUGAUAUAUAAAUCUAUGUAGAUAGUGUUUGUAGCUUUUUUUGCUUCUCUUGAAAACACUAUCAAAUAGCCACUGUCAUUCUGUAUGAACACUUGAAGAUAGGACUUCUUGGGAACCUGUAAACUUGUGUAUUUGUUACCUGCAAAUCUGUUUCUAACAAACUGGAGGAAAACAGUCAGAUGAGUGAACUAUGAAAUACACCUUUAUUCCUACAGCUAUAAAUAAAUACAUUAGUAAAAACAAA